ACUACACCUAAUAUUACUUCCAAAUAUUUCUACGCACAUUCUGAUUCGUAUGUUAUGUCAAGUUAAAAUUAUUCCGGCGUGCAGUUUUAAUACCACGAUAUUUGAUCACAUGUUAUUUGCGAAGCGUUACAGAUUAUCCGUUAUUUGCGCACUUACGUUACGACUCGAGUUUCUCGACUGCACGACUAUAUCCGACCAAUUAAUGGUGCAACACACACUGUCCGCUAUCCGAUACAUAAAUAAAUACUUUCCUCUGGAGGAACAGUCCAGAAUUCCGUUUAUUUUUGCUGUGUUUCUUUCGCGUUUAUUUCGCGUGUUCUGAUGAACAAGAACAAAAAGAUUACAACGAUAUGUGUUAUUUGUUUACUAUUUAUUUAUCUGAAAUUUCGUUCAAUCUAAUUUCACAAGUGAAACAAGCACAUCACCGCCAAAAUUUUGUCGUCCACCGACAACAAUCAUGUACCAUAACACUCGUUGUUAUUAUAUACUCUCAAUACUUCUUACAUACAUUUUCCCUGCUCAGUGAUCAGCGAAUAACACGAUUGGAAUAUUAGCGGAAUUUUUUAUAGCAAAGUAAUCCACGAUCUCGAAAAGUUUGAAUCGAGACAUGUUUGACAUUCUCUGUAUGCUGCACGAACGAUUGCGUUCCGUCGUAGGAACAUAACGUUCUAUACUGCGCUUGCGUCAAUAUUUUUAAAAGAGCAGGAAAAACAUUGAUAUGCAAUGCGUGAACGGAAAUUAUACUUUUUUACCGUCGAUUGUCGUUAUUUCCGUCAUUAGAGUAAGUACGUAGACUAUCAUAUCCUCUCUUUCCCUCUCCCUUCUUCCUUCUCUCUUUCCCCUUUAUCUCUAUAGAAAAGCGCACUACAUAACUCGCGCCGUCAUUAUUAUUUUAUUGAUUGCUCAAUUUGCGCGAAUAUAAGUCCCUUAGACAAAUUUAGAUGUAGUUGUUAACGCAUUUACCUGUACAGCAGGUGUAAAGAAGUCGAAAAUAUAACCAUAGUAGAGGUAAUCGAUGUAAAAGGGAAGAAAAAAUAUUUGUGUAUAUAGACUACGUUUAGUUGCGUUCAAACUGUCAUCAAAGAUGGAGUUUCCCGAAAAUCAGUAUUAUAGAGUCAAUCGCAUUCUUCUGUCUGUUGUCGGACUUUGGCCGUACGACAAUUUUAAAGUACGGCGACUGCGUUUCACACUGACACUACUGAUACUGAUUACAUUUUCAAGCACUCAGUUGCUGACGUUAUUCAAUUCAGAAUACGAUAAAAUUCAUCUUCUAAAGAUAUUAUCUUUCGAUCUCAUUUGCAUAGCGUGUAUCAUGAAGUACAUCUCCUUUUAUGCUGUCAUGGAAAAUGUAAAACUUCUUCGACAAUAUGUUUUUGAUAAUUGGAGAAUUUUAGCGGAUGAGCGAGAGAUAGAAAUAAUACUCAGACAUGCGAACAUCGGGAAAUACUUUACGUUAAUUAUAUUGACAAUCGGUUAUAUCACCGCUUUUUUCUGCAUAUUGAUACAAUAUAUUCCCAUCAUAUUGGAUAUAAUGAAACCACUGAACGUAUCUCGUCCACACGUAUUUUUCAUUGAAGCGGAAUAUUUUAUUGAUGAGCAGAAAUAUUUUCAUAUUAUAGCGAUACAUAUAAACAUUGCAAUAUGUGUUGGAAGCACGAGCGUAAUAAGUGCCGAAACGUUCGUAUUAGCAAACGCAUUUCACGCUUUCGGGCUGUUUAAAGUCACUAGUUAUCGCAUGCAACAGAUAUCAAGUGGAUAUGAUUCACAGAUAUGUACGACUGAAAAAUAUGUAAUAUUCCGUAAUAGAAUAACAGCUGCAACGAACAUGCAUAAACGAGCGAUUAAAUUUUCUGAAUUAUUAAAAGAAAGUUUUGGACCGAUGUACCUAAUCUUGGUUUCGGGACUUAUCAUUUCCAUAAGUAUAAAUCUCUUCUAUGUGAGUAACUUUUUACAGAUACUAUCAACGGAAGGAAAUAUACUUGAAAUUGUAAAGUGCAUUAUAUUUCUAUUUUUGCAUGUAAUAGCACUGUUUGCAGGUAAUUAUGCUGGGCAAGAAUUUAUAAAUUGUGAUACAAACAUCUAUCGAAUGAUAUGUAACACGCAAUGGUACAAUGCUCCCUUAAGAACGCAAAAAUUAAUACUUUUCUUGAUACAAAAAACUACAAAAUGUUAUAAAGUUGAUACCGUUGGUUUAUUUUAUCCUAGCCUGGAAGGUUUAGCUUCGGGCUUGAGUAUGUCAAUCUCUUAUUUUAUGGUUUUUUGCUCCAUGUAAUGGUAUUGUUCGAAAAUAUGAAAAAUGGCGCAGUUAAUUUCGCGGAUACAUGAUAUCAAUACAAUAACGAUAAUAAUACAAGGAU